CAGAAAGCCUGAGUCAGGCGGGCUGUGGCUAUUAAAGCGCUGGGUCGGGCGGGGGAGCAGGCACUUCGAGGAUGAGGCUUCCAGGCUGGUUCUGGCUGAGCUCUGCGGUCCUCGCUGCCUGCAGAGCUGGGCAGGUGCACAACCUGACCGAGGGGCUGGAGGAUGCGAGCGCCCAGGCCGCCUGCCCUGCGAGGCUGGAGGGCAGCGGGAAGUGCGAGGGGAGCCAGUGCCCCUUCCAGCUCACCCUGCCCACGCUGACCCUCCAGCUUCCGCGGCAGUUCAGCAGCAUAGAGGAGGUGCUCAAAGAAGUACGGACCCUCAAGGAAGCCGUGGACAGUCUGAGGAAAUCCUGUCAGGACUGCAAGUUGCAGGCUGACGACCAUCGAGACCCGGGCGGGAUGGCCACCGACAGCCGAGUCCAGGAACUGGAGAGUCAGGUGAACAAGCUGUCCUCGGAGCUCAAGAAUGCAGAGGACGGGAUCCAGGGGCUGCAGCGGCGCCUGGAGACGCUCCAUCUUGUAAAUAUGAACAACAUCGAGACCUACGUUGACGACAAAGUGGCAAAUCUAACGUUUGUGGUCAACAGUUUGGACGGCAAAUGUUCCAAGUGUCCCAGCCAAGAGUACAUCCAGCCACAGCCGGUUCAACAUCUAAUAUACAAAGAUUGCUCUGACUACUAUGCAAUAGGAAAGAGAGGCAGUGAGACCUACAGAGUCACACCUGAUCCCAGACACAGCAGCUUUGAGGUGUACUGUGACAUGGAGACCAUGGGCGGAGGCUGGACGGUCCUGCAGGCUCGCCUUGAUGGAAGUACCAACUUCACCAGAGAAUGGAAAGACUACAAAGUGGGCUUUGGAAACCUUGACCGAGAAUUUUGGCUGGGUAAUGAUAAAAUUCAUCUGCUGACCAAGAGUAAGGAAAUGAUUUUGAGAAUAGAUCUUGAAGACUUUAAUGGUGUCACACUGUAUGCCUUGUAUGAUCAAUUUUACGUGGCUAAUGAAUUUCUCAAAUACCGAUUACAUAUCGGUAACUACAAUGGCACAGCGGGAGAUGCCUUGCGCUUCAGUAAACAUUACAACCAUGAUCUGAAAUUUUUCACCACCCCAGACAGAGACAAUGACAGAUAUCCUUCUGGGAACUGUGGGCUCUACUACAGUUCAGGCUGGUGGUUUGAUGCAUGUCUCUCUGCAAACUUAAAUGGCAAAUAUUAUCACCAGAAAUACAAAGGUGUCCGCAAUGGGAUUUUCUGGGGCACCUGGCCAGGUAUAAGCCAAGCACAGCCUGGUGGCUACAAGUCCUCCUUUAAGCAGGCCAAGAUGAUGAUUAGACCCAAGAAUUUCAAGCCGUAAAUUGCUAGUGUUCAUCUUUCCAGGCACUCACUAUCUAAAAGCAAUGAAUUCCUUCUGACCUUUAUCAUAUGCGUGUUUAUAUUCCUUUCCUAUGGCUGAAACACUUCCUUUUAAACUUCACAGCUUUUAAAAUAAAGCUAAAAAUAUCUAAAAAGACUACUUUGUUCCUGUUAUACAAGGAAUGCUUGAAAGCUCUGGAAAUAUUGACAAUUAUACAUUAUAUUUUCAAACCCUUUAAUUUUUAUUAGUUGAAAAGGUUUCCUACUAUAAUUAUUAUUUUUUACAAUUAAAAAACUAAAUUAUUCAGCAAGCUAAAUUCUAUAUAAGCAACUUUUAUUUUUACUAGGGCUAAACAUGCAUGUUUGAAAAUUUAUCAGUCUUUUCAGGCCAAAGUUAUUCCUGUAUCUGUAACCAAGAACUGUAGUAUUUUGUUUGAGCCAAGAAGACCUUAAAGCAUUUUAUUUCUCAAAAAAGAA